CCUAUACCCAGUGUGGUAUCACCCAUUAGAGUUUAAGGUCCAAGUCUAUGAAAAUACUUUUGUAUCAGUGUAGAAGCCGGUGUAGUCUAGAGGAUCAGCGUUGAUAUAUUUGAUUAUUCAAGAGAAAAGUCAAGAACAUGCCAACGUUAAAGAAGACUCUCCACUUCGCCGGUAGUGAGCUGUGCUGUGCUGGUGCUGUGGCUCUGCUGGGAUAUGGAAUGUCUGAAAACUGGUCCACCACUACUGUUAAAUGUAUCUCUAGUAACAGCACUACAUCUGUUAACACCACCGGUUCAGGAAUGGUGACCAUUGGGCUUUUUGAUGGUUCUAUUGUACUAGAUCGGUGCCCAUUUUUUGACUUUUCAAAAUCCAUUACAGUUUUUGGGGAGCUGACGGGAACACCACUCAUUCUCCAGUAUGUGGUCAUUGCCCUCCUUGCUCUCUCACUGAUUGGCUCUGCUGGAAGCAUACUCAUCGCCCUGUACAACAGUAUCAGCAACCCCUAUACGACGUACAUGGGACCUAUAGGGCUGUAUGCAUGCAGUAGUUUCAGUGUGACAACAUCUCUCCUGGGUUUUAUCAUCUAUGUGUCAAGUGUCCACCUGGAUGCUUUUGGUACGACCAUGAUUAAAAAGUAUGCUGGGGAUGCUGCAACGUUUUCCGACUUCAAAGUAGACAUGCAGGUGGGCUUCUUCCUGGUCCUCCCAUACAUUGCGCUGAACCUGCUGGCCAUCCUGCUGGUGUUCCUGUAUGUCCAUGCAGCCUACACUCGACAGAGAGAGCAACAGAAGCCCACAGAGGAUGCCCCCAAGGAGAUCAUGAUGUAUUGAAAUGCCCUGGAAUAUCAGGCAUCAUCCACACAUGUUCUUUUAAACAUAUCUAGAACUUUUUACAGCUGCCUAAUCCCUACCCUCACCCUAAACAUAUACCUAUAUGUCCAAAUGCCCUGAAUGAGGCUGGAUGAGGCUUGUGUCUUUUGUAAAUGUCUUGUAAAAACGUUGUUCUCCACAGGCAAUAAUUUGAUACUGGUCAUUUGUUUUUUAUGGUUUAUAAAAUGUGACCUUGGUAGUCAAAAGUCGCACAUUCUAAUUUUGAGAUACAAGCCAAUUGCUUCAAAAAACAUUCAUUUUUUUAUGAAAGAAGAAGCAUUCAAAAUGAAUUUCCCUAUGUUUCAUAGUCAAAAUAAGAAUGUAAAGUUACAACAUAUUACUGUAUUCUAGUGGGCAAUUCUUACGUGUACCUUCCUGUAACCAUUACAGGCAGGUACGCGUAGCCUAACCUGUAACUUCAAAUGUGAUUUUCUCAGUUUGUCAAUUGGAAAAAGAUGGUGGGAAGUCAUAAUUCAAAAUGCUGAAUCUUUACAACAAUUCAAGAUAUGAUACCAUUUAAAGCUUAUUGAGUACUCUAUCCAGUGAUACCGAAAUCUCAAUUUUGAAUUGUCGGUCACUGAGACUCAUUUUGCCAGAUCGGGUAACAAAUAUGAAGAUAUGAAGAUAGAUAGAUAGAUAGAUAGAUAGAUAGAUAGAUAG